AAACAAAAUUUGUCGUUUUUAUAAACCAGAAAAGCUGCCCAACUUCUUCUCCUCUCGAACCCUAACGAGCCGGGUCAUCUCAAAAAUUUCUCCGACAUUGCAUUCCUCCGUCGCCUUCAGAUUCUUCUCCAGCGUUCCUUAAUCUCUUCUUCUCCGGUCGAUUCCACCUUCUUCAUCCCCAAAACCGAAGUCCUUAUACCGUAAUUUUAUCAAGUUUUUUACCGAACCGAUUUCUUGCCGUAACCAACCCGGUCACAAACCUGCAAACCAAAAAAGGUUCGUUCUCUGUUCUUUCGAUAAUUCAAAAACUCUGAAAUUUACGAUUUUGCUGCACUGGGUUUUAGAAUUUCGCUUUUCUUUGACGGGUUUGAUUCAAUAUGAUCCGAUUUUUAUCUAAUCAACGAAAAGUUAACAUCUUUGUUACGAAAGUUGUGAGCUUUUUUAUGAAAGCUGAUGAAUUCUUCUUCUAAGUUUGAUCUCGUAAAUGUUUAAUUGAAGGAUCUAGGGUUUUGUAGGAUGGAUUCAGAUUUGGAACCUGUAGCUCUAACACCACAGAAACAAGACAGUGCGUGGAAACACUGUGAAGUUUACAAAUAUGGAGAUCGAGUUCAGAUGAGAUGUCUUUACUGUCGAAAGAUGUUUAAAGGAGGUGGUAUUACAAGGGUUAAGGAACAUCUUGCUGGCAAGAAAGGACAAGGCACUAUCUGUGAUCAAGUUCCUGAUGAGGUUCGUCUUUUCUUGCAGCAGUGUAUUGAUGGUACGGUGAGACGUCAGAGGAAGAGACGUAAAUCAAGUCCUGAACCAUUGCCUAUAGCUUAUUUCCCUCCUUGUGAAGUUGAGACUCAGGUUGCUGCUUCUUCUGAUGUGAAUAACGGGUUUAAAUCGCCGAGUUCGGAUGUCGUAGUGGGUCAAAGUACUGGGAGGACGAAGCAGAGGACUUAUAGGAGUAGAAAGAAUAAUGCUUUUGAGAGGAAUGAUUUGGCUAAUGUUGAGGUUGAUCGAGAUAUGGACAAUUUGAUUCCUGUGGCUAUUAGUAGCGUGAAGAACAUUGUGCAUCCUACUUCGAAAGAGCGGGAGAAAACAGUUCAUAUGGCUAUGGGACGGUUUCUGUUUGAUAUUGGAGCUGAUUUCGAUGCGGCGAAUUCUGUCAAUGUUCAACCGUUUAUCGAUGCGAUUGUUUCUGGAGGAUUUGGUGUUUCUAUUCCUACACAUGAAGACCUCAGAGGUUGGAUUUUGAAGAGUUGUGUAGAGGAAGUGAAGAAAGAGAUUGAUGAGUGCAAAACUCUAUGGAAGAGAACAGGAUGUUCUGUUUUAGUUCAGGAACUGAACUCCAACGAAGGACCUUUGAUCCUUAAGUUUUUGGUUUACUGUCCUGAGAAAGUAGUGUUUCUGAAAUCAGUUGAUGCAUCAGAGAUAUUAGAUUCUGAGGAUAAGUUGUAUGAGUUACUUAAGGAGGUAGUUGAAGAGAUAGGUGAUACUAAUGUUGUUCAAGUUAUUACCAAAUGUGAAGAUCAUUACGCAGCUGCUGGGAAAAAGUUGAUGGAUGUGUAUCCUUCUCUAUACUGGGUUCCUUGUGCUGCACAUUGCAUAGACAAGAUGCUUGAAGAGUUUGGGAAGAUGGAUUGGAUAAGAGAGAUUAUCGAACAAGCUCGAACUGUUACAAGAAUUAUUUACAAUCACAGUGGUGUUUUGAAUCUGAUGAGGAAAUUCACUUUUGGCAAUGAUAUUGUGCAACCAGUCUGUACCAGUUCCGCUACAAAUUUUACAACAAUGGGAAGAAUUGCUGAUCUAAAACCUUAUUUGCAAGCAAUGGUUACAUCAUCCGAGUGGAAUGAUUGUUCGUAUUCGAAGGAAGCAGGUGGAUUAGCAAUGACUGAGACUAUCAAUGAUGAGGACUUCUGGAAGGCAUUAACAUUGGCGAACCAUAUAACUGCUCCGAUUUUGCGUGUUUUGAGGAUAGUUUGUUCUGAAAGGAAGCCUGCAAUGGGGUAUGUCUAUGCAGCAAUGUAUCGAGCAAAAGAAGCAAUUAAGACAAAUCUGGCUCACAGGGAGGAGUACAUAGUGUACUGGAAAAUUAUAGAUAGGUGGUGGUUGCAGCAACCUUUGUAUGCUGCUGGUUUCUAUUUGAACCCAAAGUUCUUCUAUAGCAUCGACGAAGAAAUGCGUAGUGAGAUCCAUUUAGCGGUUGUUGAUUGCAUAGAGAAAUUAGUCCCUGAUGUCAACAUUCAAGAUAUUGUCAUUAAGGACAUAAACUCAUACAAGAAUGCUGUUGGGAUUUUCGGAAGGAACUUAGCUAUCAGAGCUCGUGACACAAUGCUUCCAGCUGAAUGGUGGUCUACAUAUGGAGAAAGCUGCUUGAACCUGUCACGUUUUGCGAUACGUAUUCUGAGUCAGACAUGCAGCUCAUCUAUUGGCUCAGUGAGAAACCUGACAUCAAUCUCGCAAAUAUAUGAAUCAAAGAACUCUAUUGAGCGACAACGGCUCAACGAUCUUGUAUUUGUUCAGUACAACAUGCGCCUCAGACGAAUUGGCAGCGAAAGCAGCGGAGAUGACACGGUAGACCCGUUAUCACACAGCAACAUGGAAGUUCUUGAAGACUGGGUUUCGAGAAACCAAGUUUGUAUAGAAGGAAAUGGAAGCUCAGACUGGAAGUCACUCGAGUUCAUUAAGAGGUCAGAAGAAGUAGCUGUUGUUAUCGACGAAACAGAAGACUUGGGGUCAGGUUUCGAUGAUGCUGAGAUAUUCAAAGGGGAAAAGGAAGCGAGUUACGAAGGCGGUUAUUCGGAGAAUCUGUUCACUUGAACUUGCACCUUUUCCUGUAAUCAUCAUAGGGUUUGAUUUUGUGAUUCUUUCUUAGGGUUUGAUUUGUAUUAUUAAUAGAAGUCUUUACCAGCUUUAAGUUGUAUCCCAGAAACUAAUAGUUACUCUUCUUCUUCUUCUUCCUCUUCUUCUUCUUUACUCAGUAAUGAGAACAAAAACCAUUUUAGAGAUGUUGAUUGAUAUUUACUAAAGCUUUCUCUCUUGUCCAUAUAAUAUUGUUUGGACAUAAGCUAAUCUUGAUUCUUUAAAAGGAUAAGUGAAAAAAAAGAGUUGAAUUCAGAUGCUA